AUGAACCAGCCUCCCGAUGUACCGAAUGCUGACGAAUUCAACGACUACAUAGUAGCAAACUGGGUGGAUUAUGAAGCCAGAUUCCCUCUUUCGCUGUGGAACCAUCACCAGACAUUCGGCCCAAGGACCAACAACAACCUGGAGGGUUUCCACAGUCGCCUCAAUGCAUCACUGAAUCAUCGUCAUCCUAAUCUCUACAGGUUCAUCGAGAUCAUCAAGAAGAUUGAGAAAUCUGAGAAGACCAAGCUAUCUCAGUUAGACCUAGGUGCAGCUCCACCAGCAAGAAAGCGUGUGUACAAGGAGAUUGACAAUCGACUUUCCAGACUGAAGGAUCAGCUAUCCCAGGGUGUCAAGACACCACUCCAGUUCUUGGAUGCUGUUGGAGGUAAAUGGACAUACAUCGAUGUUGCCUACAACUACGUGAAAGGUUACGACUUCGGCCACGAACCUAUUGGCCGGAAUUACGUCCGAGGCGAGAUAAAGGCAUGUCAAAGUAUGGAGGUAUACAUUUCGGACAACGACGACUGGGACAACUACGCCUAUUACCAACUCGACUACUACGGGUCCUAUACCGCUAUACUUGAUGGCGGUAGCUUUCUCACCUGGGAAUAUGGCCUUGUGCUUGCGUGUGACACAUGGAAGCCUCUGUGGUUUGCAUGGGAGGGGACUUCCUUCUCCAUGGGGCGUGGACUAGAGCCAAAUGUUGACACGUAUUUGACUGCUGAUUUUGGGAGAUCAUUCAGCAAGAAUAUCCUCAUCCUAGCAUCGUUAUCAACAGAGGCGUCUGGCCAAUGGAGGUGGCUGACAGACGAGCCUCCCCUCUUCAACUCUCCCUCGCCUGACGGUAACGAAGCCCUCGUUAUACCGGAGGACACAGCCCAGUACCAGGCGUUGUACGCCCUGGCGGGCACGGACCCUGAGGACGACGAAAUCACCUUCGCAACUGACACCCCAAACACCAAUUAUUUCCAGGUGACCAAUGUCUAUGACGUCACUCCGACCAUCACGGCACACAGUAUGACACUGCCAGAGGGGACACCCGUAGGAACCAAUAUUGGUUCUGCCUUCACUGUGGUCGAUGGGGAGGAGGGAGACUCCUUGACGUACGCUAUUUCUGGUUCUCACUCGGACUUUUUAUCCUGUGAUUCCUCGAGUGGUCAGAUCAUCAUCGCGAAGCUAAUGGACUCGGAGGCCACUACAUUCGACUUCAGCGGACUUGCACUGAGUGUUACCGACUUGGGCGGAAACCAAGCCACCUUGUCCUUCGACCUGACCAUCUCCGACUACAACGACAACAUUCCAACGUUUUCCCAGGACUACUAUGAAGUCACCGUCAACGACGGUUCUUCUUCAGGCGACAUCCUGACGGUAGCUGUGACAGACAACGAUGUUGCCAAUCAGGGAAUUUCUAAUUCUAUUUUCUCACAAGACGGCUCCACAUCCGGGUUUUCCUUCAGUCUCAGUGGGAAUACACUCAGUAUCACCGCCGCGCUGGAUUACGAGUCCCGGGAAGCGUACGACUUUAAGUACGUGUUGGUCCUGCAAGCUGUUGACAGCCCCCCUUCUGGGGACCCACUGACGGGGACAGCUGCUGUUGUCGUGAAGAUUGAGCCUGUCAACGAGCACACACCGUAUCUGGCAUCUACUCCGUCUGGAAGCAGUAUCGCUGAAAACACAGAUAAACUGACCGUCAUCACCACUAUCUCAGCAGCUGAUGAUGACAUGGGACCAGAUGGUGUCCUCACGUACUCCAUUGAUUCUGUGACGCCAGCCUCGGGAACAGGUCUCUUCACUGUCGACGCCAGUACGGGAGAAGUAAAGGUCGGAGGUCAACUUGAUGCAGAUGCUGCUACAGGAGGCGUCACCAGCUACAGCGUCUCCUUCAGCGUCUCCGACAACGGUGCAACUCCCAAGUCCACCACAGGCUCAAUCACUGUGUCUGUCACAGGCGUCAAUGAUAACAGUCCCUUCUUCGACCAGAGCGGGUACACUGUCAAUGUUGAUGAAGGUAGGGCUGUCACUGUGCUUGCACCUGCUACAUCCGACCAUGAUGGAGAUGCGCUGACCCUCACCGUACAAAGUGGGAACGAUGAUGGCCUAUUCGUGGUCCAAGGCAGUUCGGUGGACCUUGCGGCAGCCCUUGACUAUGAAACCAGCCAACACCACGUUCUCAUUCUCAGGGUCAGCGAUGGUACACAUUCGUCCGAUGUUCCGAUGGUUGUGAACGUUCAGGAUAUUAAGGACGAGAGCCCGACCAUCACGGUUGUAUCUAACACAUCUAUGGCAGAAGAGCAAACUAUAGGAACACGGGUAUCUGGGGGAGUUGUCGCCUCCGACCCAGAUGCUGCAGAUACCCUUAGUUACACCAUAAGUGGAUCCGGGAGCACCUACCUCAACAUUGACUCAGACACUGCACUGGCUGAUCUGACCUGCUCUGAUGGAGACACGGGUAACAACGCCUUGUUUGACGUCACGGUUGCCGGUGGAGAUGGCGGAGCAGGUAUCUUCAAGAUGUCUGGACUGCAGCUCCUUACGGACUCCACCCCUGCUGACUACGAGGCUGUAGCAGCAUCAGGCUACAUGUACACCCUGGUCAUCACAGCAGUGGACACACCAGACCAGGGGGAGGCCAACACAGGGACAGCGAUAGUGAAGGUGACGGUCAAACCAGAGAACGAGUUCGGCCCUGUUUGGAGUAAUCCAGUUCCUGAUGCCAGCAGUAACUUUGCAGGAGCUACAGUCAGUGAGGGAGAAGCUCCGGGAUACGUGAUCACAACGUUCCAGGCGACUGAUGCUGAUCUUGAAGUGGAUGGGGAGAUCACAUUCAGCACCACGUCUGUAACUGGAGCUUCUGGAGCAACAGCAACAGACAAGUUCUCUAUAGACUCCACAACAGGGGAGCUGACGGUUGCAGGGGCGUUGGACGUAGACGCAGGGACGAAUGGGGAAGCCAGUUACACCAUCGGGCUGAGAGCCUCGGAUAGAGGGACCUCAUCUCGCCAUGUGGAUGGGACUGUUGUAGUCACACUCACAAAUGUCAAUGAUAACGCACCGUUUUACGACCAGACUGACUACACGACGGAUGUGAGUGAAGAUUCCAGUGUUGGGGCAGUUGUGGUCACCCUCGCCACCGAUGACUAUGAUGGUGAUGUGGUAAAUCUGACUGUCGCAAGUGGGCGAGAUGAUCUGUUUGAGUGUGUGGGGAAUGAUGUCAGGGUCAAGGCAACUUUGGAUUUCGAGACCGAUUCUACUCAUGUUUUGAUAAUAAGAGCCAGUGACGGUGUCUUUGAGACCGAUGUCUCUGUCCAAGUGAACGUACAGGACGUCAGUGAUGAAGAUCCUGUCAUCACCAUGGUAACAACUGCCACCAUGGCAGAAGAACAGGCACCAGGAACCGGAGUGUAUGGGGGAUAUCUUGUCACUGACCCUGAUGCUCGAGACAAUCUGACAUAUGUUCUCUCUGGAGCUGACAGCGGUUACCUUAGUAUUGAUUCUGCCACUGGGGCGUUGUCAGUAGCCCAGAAUGUCAACCGAGAAGGAAGCAGUGGCAAGACACAACUGGACCUCACUUUGACCGUCACUGACCAGGGUGGUCAACAGGCCACUCAGGCUUUCUCACUCACAGUUGAGGACAUCAAUGAUUUGCCACCGGUCUUUAAUCCUUCAGAGUUCACUGCUGAAAUUACUGAGAAUUCAGCAGCAGAUGUGUCGUUGCUGGAUGUAAUAUGCUCUGAUGGAGACACUGGCAAUAAUGCCCUGUAUGACAUCACGGUUGCAAGUGGAGAUGGUGGAGCAGGUAUCUUCAAGAUGUCCGGACUUCAGCUCCUCACGGACUCCACCCCUGCUGACUAUGAGGCUCUCGGUUCAUCAGGCUACAUGUACACCCUGAUCAUCACAGCAGUGGACAAGCCGGAUAAUGGAGUAGCAAACACAGGAACGGCCAUUGUGCGAGUGACAGUGAAGCCUGAGAAUGAGUUCGACCCUGUUUGGAGUAAUCCAGUUCCUGAUGGCGGCGGUAACUUUGCAGGAGCUACAGUCAGUGAAGGUGAUGCUCCAGGGACUGCCUUGACAGCCUUCACUGCAACUGAUGCUGAUCUCGGCGACGACGGUGACGUCACCUACAGCAUUGCGUCUGUCACUGCUGCAUCAGGAGCUUCAUCACCAGACACAUUCUCCAUAGCCCCCACAACAGGAGAAUUGAUGGUGGCAGGAGUGUUGGAUGUUGACGUGGGGACAAACGGAGAAAGUAGCUACACUAUUGUAGUCAGGGCAUCAGACAACGGAGCAACAGUCCGGACCGUGGAUGGUAACAUUGUUGUUACGUUGACAAACGUCAACGACAACGCCCCGACCUUUGACCAGACUGACUACACAGCUAGUGUGAGUGAAGCUAGUGUUGCUGGGACAGGGGUGAUCACCCUCAUCACUGAUGACUAUGAUGGCGAUGCAGUAACUCUGUCUGUAGCCGGCGGACGGGAUGACCUGUUUGAGUGUGUGGGACAUGAGGUCAGGAUCAAAGCCCCCUUAGACUACGAAACAGAUACAUACCAUGUUGUUACAAUCAGGGCUAGUGAUGGUGUCUUUGAUGCCGAUGUGCCCCUCCAAAUCAACGUCCAGGAUGCCAGCGAUGAGAGCCCUGUUAUUGUGAUGGUUGCUGCUGCAUCUAUGGCAGAAGAACAAGCAUUAGGAACAGGAGUAUAUGGAGGAUAUAUUGCCACUGAUGCUGACGCAAACGACACAAUCACAUACGAUCUAAGUGGUGCUGACAGCAGCUUCCUGAACAUUGACUCUACCACUGGGGAGCUGUCGGUGGCACGACACGUCAACAGGGAUGGAAGCAGUGGAAAGACCCAGCUGGACCUCAUCUUGACCGUCACUGACCAAGGAGGGAUGCAGGCCACUCAGGCUUUCUCCAUCAUUGUAGAGGACAUCAAUGACUUGACACCGGUUUUUGCUUCUUCAGAGUACAGCGUUGAGAUAGUGGAAAAUAGUGCUGCAGAUCUAUCGUUGUUGGACCUGACCUGCUCUGAUGGAGAUACGGGUAACAACGCCUUGUUUGACGUCACGGUUGCUAGUGGAGAUGGUGGAGCAGGUGUCUUCAAGAUGUCCGGACUUCAGCUUCUCACGGACUCCACCCCUGCUGACUAUGAAUCCGUCGGUUCGUCAGGCUACAUGUACACCCUGGUCAUCACAGCAGUGGACACGCCUGACCAGGGGGCACCCAAUACAGGAACAGCUAUUGUAAGGGUCACAGUGAAACCUGAGAAUGAGUUUGACCCCGUAUGGACAUCCCCAGCUUCUGAUGGGGUUGAUGCUGUAGACAUAGAUGAAGACUCUGCUCCUGGUGCAGUGAUAUCAGCUUAUCAGGCUACAGAUGAUGACUUGGGUGUCGACGGAGACAUCAUCUACAGCAUUGUCUCUGUUGUAAGCGCAUCAGGUGCAGAUGGCUCGGACAAGUUUACAAUAGAUGCUGUGUCAGGAAAUGUGAUGGUGGCUGGAGAGCUUGACGUGGACACCGCCACUGGUGGAGAAGCUAGUUACACUGUCAGUGUUAGGGCUUCAGAUAAUGGGGUGACGCCACGCAGUGUUGACGGGAGCAUCACUUUCACACUGCUAAACAUCAAUGACAAUGCACCUACAUUUGACCAGUCAACAUUCCAAGCAAACCUCAAUGAAACCAGUGCUGUGGAUACAACUGUCAUCAACUUCAACAUCCAAGACCAUGACGGUGACGACGUGACGUUGUCUAUCGCCAGUGGACGGGAUGACCUGUUUACGUGUGACGGACAUGACGUCAAGGUCAAGGCUGCGCUGGAUUUUGAAACGGACACAGCGCACGUUCUUGUUAUAAGGGCAAAUGAUGGUAAAUAUAACACAGAUGUAUCACUGGAGAUCAAUGUUGCUGAUGUCAUGGAUGAAGCACCUAUCAUCACCAUUGCAACUACAAGCUCAAUGGCAGAGGAACAAACAAUAGAGACGGCAGUGGAUGGAGGCUAUGUUGCCACAGAUGCUGAUGCUGGGGAUGUCCUGAUGUACGCCCUUUCUGGAUCCGACAGUGGUUACUUCGCCAUUGAUUCCACGACGGGAGAGUUAACUAUGGCACAGAAUCUCGACAGAGAUGCAGGGAAAAGCGAAGCCUCUCUCACCCUGACUGUCACUGACCAGACUGGACUUGUGGCCACCAAAGAUUUCACCAUCUUGCUUGUGGAUAUAAACGAUCUCCCUCCCGUUUUCAACCCGAUAGAGUACUCUGUUGAAGUCAUAGAAAAUACACCUCCCGAUACGUCUCUGUUGGACCUCACAUGCACGGACAGUGACGAUGGAAACAAUGCUGUAUUUAAUGUCGUUGUUCAACAUGGAGAUGACGCAUCUACAAAGUUCAAGAUGAAUGGUCAGCAGCUUCAGACAGAUAACCUGUUGGACUACGAAUCUGUGGACUCGUACACCCUGGUCAUCACAGCAGUGGACACACCAGACCAGGGGGAGGCCAACACGGGGACAGCGAUAGUGAAGGUGACGGUCAAACCAGAGAACGAGUUCGACCCAGUGUGGACAGGACCUGCUUCAGAUGGAAGUGGAACAUUUACCGGGAUAAGUUUGACAGAAGAUGCUAUUCCUGGUAGUGUUGUGACGACGUUCGCUGCCACUGAUGAUGAUGAAGGGAAUGAUGGUGUAGUCACCUAUAGCAUCGUCUCAGUCACUGCAGCUUCUGGUACAACAGUUGCUGAUAAGUUUUCAGUCCUUGGCCACACGGGAGAUGUACUGGUGGCGAGUCCUUUAGACGUUGACUCAGGAACAAACGGCGAGGCGAGUUACACCAUUGUAGUGAAGGCAUCGGACAACGGAGCCACGGCACGCUCUGUAGAAGGAACCAUCACUGUCUCUCUGGACAACGUCAACGACAACGCUCCUGUGUUUGAUCAGACAGAGUACCAGGCAGACCUCAGUGAAGACAGCACUGCGGACACAGUUGUCAUCGCCUUCAACGUCCAGGACCAUGACGGUGACGCUGUGACGUUGACUAUCUCAAAUGGACGCGAUGAUCUGUUCGCGUGUGACGGAAAUGACGUCAAGGUCAAGGCUGCUCUAGAUUUCGAAACAGAUACCUACCAUGUACUUGUAAUCAGGGCCAGUGAUGGAAAGUUUGAGGUUGAGGUUUCACUUCAAGUAGAUAUUGUUGACGUCAUCGAUGAGGCACCUGUUAUCACCAUGGCAACCACAAGUUCAGUUGCAGAGGAACAAACAACAGGAACCGGAGUGUAUGGAGGAUACAUCGUCACGGAUGCUGAUAAACUAGAUAUCCUCGUCUACACUCUGACUGGAGCUGACAGCGCCUACCUCAGCAUUGAUUCAGCAACAGGCGAGCUGACAGUUGCCCAAAAUAUCAACAGGGAAGGGACCAGUGCUAAGUCAGCCCUGUCCCUCACACUGACCGUCACUGACCAGGCUGGACUCCAGGCCACCCAGGACUUCAAUAUCACAGUUGAGGACAUCAACGAUCUCCCGCCAGUAUUCAACCCAUCUGUGUACGAGAUAGAGGUCACAGAAAACACUGUUGCCGACUUUAACCUGCUGGAGCUCACCUGUACUGAUGGAGACGCAGGCAACAACGCCGUAUUCGCGACGUCAUCGGCCAGCGGGGACGAUACAGUCCGGAAGUUUCAGAUGGUGGAUCUAAAACUACUGUCAGCUGAUAAUGCUAUUGACUAUGAGAGUCUGGAGGCUUCAAACUACAUGUACACCCUCAUCAUCACUGCAGUGGACACGCCCAAUGAUGGGGAGGCCAUGACAGGAACAGCAAUCGUCAAGGUGACAGUUGUGCCUGAAAAUGAAUUCGACCCGGUAUGGACCGCGCCAACGUCAAGCGUUAGUGGUAGUUUUGAUGAUAUUGUCAUAUCUGAAGACACAUCAGUUGGUUCUGUUUUGACAGUAUUCACUGCUACUGACAAUGACAAGGCAGAUGAUGGCCUCGUCACCUACACCAUCACAGGGACAAAUUCAGCUUCCCGAGCUUCUGCUGACGGUAUGUUCUCCGUUGACAGCCAUACUGGAGAACUGAUUGUUACUGGAACAUUAGACUAUGACGCUGGCACCAAUGGCGCAGGAAGCUAUACAAUUUCUGUGAAGGCAUUAGACAGUGGACACACCCUAAGAGAGGUAGCUGGCACUGUGACCAUUACACUGACCAACGUAAACGACAAUGCCCCUGUCUUUGACCAAAGUGAGUACCACACCAGCGUCGCCGAGGACAGUGGUGUUGGGGCGGUUGUGGUUUCCCUCAUCAAUGCCGACUUUGACGGUGAUGAUGUUAACCUGUCCAUCGCCACUGGAAGGGAUGACCUGUUCGAGUGCGACGGAAACGACAUCAUCGUCAAGGCUGCCUUAGACUUUGAAACAGACAGAGUUCACGUUCUCACAAUAAGGGCAUUUGAUGGAGUGCAUGAAACUGAUGUGUCCGUCAAGAUCGACAUAGUAGAUGUUAUAGACCAGGCUCCUGUCAUCACCAUGGCAACCACAACUUCCAUGGCGGAGGAGCAGACAGUUGGGACUCCUGUAGAGGGAGGAUACGUCGUUACAGAUGCUGAUGAGAAGGAUGUUCUUACUUAUGUCCUAAAUGGUGUUGACAGUCACUACCUUACCAUCAACUCAUCAUCUGGUGACUUAUCAGUUGCCACGAAUGUUGAUAGAGAAGGGACCAAUGCUAAAACUGAACUGUCUCUCACCUUGACCGUCACUGACCAGGCUGGACUGCAGGCUACUCAGGAUCUCACCAUCACAGUAGAGGACAUCAAUGAUCAACUUCCGGUUUGUGACCAGACUGUGUAUGAAUUUGAGGUCACUGAAAAUACGCCAGGAGAUACCGAGCUGCUGGAUUUUGUAUGUGUUGACAGCGAUGUCGGCAACAACGCCAAGUUUGACCUAACACUGGCCAGUGGGGAUGAUACCGCCAAUAAGUUUAAAACAGCCAGCUCUAAACUGUUCACUGACGCCACUGAUCUUGACUACGAGGCUCUAGAAGCGUCAGGCUACAUGUACACCCUGAUCCUCACAGCAGUGGACACACCAGACCAGGGGGAGGCCAACACGGGGACAGCGAUAGUGAAGGUGACGGUCAAACCAGAGAACGAGUUCGACCCUGUGUGGACAGGACCUGCUUCAGAUGGAAGUGGAACAUUUACCGGACUGAGUGUGAGUGAGGAUGAAGCACCUGGAUUUAUGCUGACGACGUUCACCGCUACUGAUGACGACCACAGUGACGACGGGGUGAUCACAUACUCUAUUGUUUCCAUCACUGCAGCUUCAGGUGCAUUGGUUUCGGACAACUUCAUCAUAAAUCCCCACACAGGAGAACUCAUUGUAGCUGAUGACUUAGACGUUGACUCAGGAACAAACGGCGAGGCGAGUUACACCAUUGUAGUGAAGGCAUCGGACAACGGAGCCACGGCACGCUCUGUAGAAGGAACCAUCACCGUCUCUCUGGACAACGUUAAUGACAACGCUCCUGUGUUUGAUCAGACAGAGUAUCAGGCAGACCUCAGUGAAGACAGCGUUGUGGACACAGUCGUCAUAACCAUUAACACUGAAGAUUUUGAUGGCGAUUCGCCGACGCUUUCAAUUAUAUCGGGUAGGAAUGACCUAUUUAAGAUUGAUGGAAAUGACGUAGAGGUUAAGGAUGCCCUCCUGGACUACGAAUCCACCCAGAGUCACCUGCUGUACAUCAAGGCGACUGAUGGUACGUUUGAAUCCCGAGUCUCACUGCAUGUUACGGUGCUGGACGUGAUAGACGAAGCUCCGGUCAUCACCAUAGCAACAACAGGCGCCAUGUCCGAGGGACAAGCUAUAACCACAGGAGUGAACGGGGGGUUUCACCUCACCGAUCCCGAUGAACAGGAUGUGCACAUAUAUGCAUUAACAGGUGCACACAGUCACUACCUGAGUAUCGACGCGGGCACCGGCGACCUAUCUGUGGCGGAGCAUAUCGACAGAGACGGGGCCAGUGGCGUCACGGAGCUGACCGGGCUGACACUGACCGUCACGGACCAAGCCGGACUCCAGGACACAAAAGAUUUUACUGUCACAAUAGUUGACGUCAAUGACCUUGCCCCUGUGUUUGACCCAGCGGAAUACAGUAUUGAAGUCACCGAAAAUACUGCUGCCGGAACUUCCCUCUUGGACUUUCUCUGCACUGAUGGUGACUCUGGCAACAACGCUGUUUUUGUCGUGGGUGUUGGAGAUGGCGACGAUUCUCAGCCAAAGUUCAAAAUGUCUGGUCAGCAGCUUCAGACAGAUGGUAACCUUGACUACGAUAGUCUAGAAGCAUCAGGCUAUAUGUACACCCUGGUCAUCACAGCAGUGGACACACCAGACCAGGGGGAGGCCAACACGGGGACAGCGAUAGUGAAGGUGACGGUCAAACCAGAGAACGAGUUCGACCCUGUGUGGACAGGACCUGCCUCAGAUGGAAGUGGAACAUUUACCGCCAUCUCUGUGAGAGAGGAUCUAGCUCCUGGUGAUGUCGCAGUGACUUUCAUUGCUGUUGAUGACGAUCUCGGAGUUGAUGGGGAUGUUGCAUACAGUAUUGUGUCUGUCACGGCAGCAUCUGGAGCAGAUGGAGCUGAUAGAUUCUCGAUAGAUGCAGCGACAGGGGGUCUGCUGGUGGCAGGCAAGCUCGACGUGGAUUCCGUUACUGGAGGGGAGCCCAGCUACACUGUUGUGGUCAAGGCUUCGGACAAUGGACAAACACUGCGCGAGACACAGGGAACAAUAACUGUAUCACUAGAGAAUGUCAACGACAUCGCACCUGUGUUUGACCAGACGGAUUACGAAACAGCCGUCGAUGAAGACGUCGCUGUAGGCGUCGUCGUGAUGUCUAUGGUCGUUGUUGACCACGAUGGUGACACUGUGACGUUGUCCAUUGCCAGUGGACGGGAUGAUCUGUUCAUGUGUGACGGAUAUGACGUCAAGGUCAAGGCCACUCUGGAUUUCGAGACGGAAGAUAUUCAUAUCUUAGUCAUACGAGCGUCAGAUGGCACAUUCACUACGGACUUCACCAUCCACGUCAGCGUCAAUGACGUCUUAGACGAAGCGCCAGUGAUAACGGUAGAAGGGACAGCGUCGAUGGCGGAAGGCCAGGUCAUGAGAACAGGGGUGUAUGGCGGGUUGAGCGCCAGGGAUGCUGAUGCUGGUGACACGCUUACAUACUCCCUCAGUGGUGUGGACAGUGGCUACUUGGCCAUAGACCCGACCACUGGCGAGCUGUCGGUUGACCAGAACGUGGACAGGGAAGGGCCUAGUGGGAAAACUGAGCUGUCCCUCACACUGACCGUCACUGACCAGGCUGGACUCAAGGCCACCCAGGACUUCACCAUCACAGUUGAGGACAUCAACGAUCUUCCCCCGAAGUGCGACCCAGCGGUCUUCAUAACGGAAGUCACUGAAAACACCGCAGAAGAUGUCGUCCUCCUUGACCUGACGUGCACUGACGACGACGACGGUAACAACGCCAUCUUCACCGUGUCCAUAGGCAGCGGGGAUGACACAGACCCCAAAUUCAAGAUGUCAGGAAAGCAGCUGUUGACAAACAGCUACACGCUCGACUACGAGUCGUUGAAGGACAAUGACUACAUGUACACCCUGGUCAUCACAGCAGUGGACACACCAGACCAGGGGGAGGCCAACACGGGGACAGCGAUAGUGAAGGUGACGGUCAAACCAGAGAACGAGUUCGACCCGAUAUGGAGUGACCCGGUACCUGACGUCAAUGGCUACCUAAAUGAUGUCACAGUGGACGAGGACGCUGCUCCGGGGACGGCAAUAACGACAGUGACGGCGACAGAUGACGACCAGGCCGACGACGGAGUUGUUGUUUAUGAGAUUACUUCAAUUACAGUUGAUGACGGGUCCGACGCUCUGGGAACAUUUGUCAUUGGGUACGACACCGGCGACCUUCAAGUCAAGUCGGGUCUUGAUGCAGAAGGAGGCAUCACCCGCUAUGACAUUGCACUCCGUGCUGUAGACCUCGGCACCCCUCCAAAAGACGUGACUGCCUCCAUUAAAGUCUUCGUGAACAACGUGAACGAUAUGGCGCCAGAGUUCUCAGAUACGAAAUACCAGACGUUGGUGUAUGAAAACGUCACCGCCGAUUCCGCCAUCUUCACGUUAGCCGCGACUGACCCUGAUGGAGACACGAUGACGUUCGCGUUAGAAGAAACCAGUGACCUUUUCGUGGUUCGAGGAGAUGAGGUUUUUAUACUGAAGACAUUAGACUUUGAGACUCGCAGAUAUCAUUCCACUAUCAUUAGCGCCAGUGACGGCAUUCACACCACCUACGUUUCAUUCAUCGUGAACGUCGGGAACAUCAUGGAUGAGCAGCCCUCCAUUACGGCGUCGAGUUACUCUAUACCAGAGGGGCAGCUAAUUGGCACCGUCCUUGGAGACGUCUUCACUAUCGACGACGCUGACCUCGGAGACGUUUUUCAGUACACCCUUUCCGGUACUAAUGCACACAUGCUGUCCGUACAUGAAGACACGGGAACGUUAUCUAUUAACAAGUCCAUCGAUUACGAAAGCGGCAUGACUGUGCUUGAAGACGUGACCUUGACCGUGACAGAUCAAGGGGGACAAUCAACCAACGCUGAUCUCCGGUUUACCGUCUGGGAUAUAAACGACAACGCGCCACAGUUUGCCACUCCGUCAUACACUGCAUCUGUUACAGAAGGUGGCAUGGAUGGUCAGGCCCUGUUUGACUUUAUCGUUACGGAUGAGGACGCGGGUGUCAACGGAGAGUACACCAUCAUCAUCUUAUCACCCAACAACGUCGGCAGCAUGUACAACAUCACGGGGACAACACUUUUCGCCAACCCUUCCAACAUCGACUAUGAAACACUAGCCAGUUCCGACUACAAGCAUGUUUUGACGGUGGUCGCCAUAGACACACCGGUCGAGGGACAAGCGUUGACAGGAUCGACAUUGGUCACCGUGACGGUGGCGCCAAGCAAUGAGUUCACGCCUGAGUGGUCAGACCCCGUUGUUGACGUCAACGGCGUCUUCCCCAACGUGACGGUGAUGGAGUUACCCUUUGGUUCCUUGGUGGCUAACUUCAGCGCGGAGGAUGGAGAUGAUGGGGAGGAUGGAAGGAUAGUCUUCGACAUACGGUCAAUUACAUCGAGUGACGGUAGCCUGGCAGAUGGUGUGUUCACGAUGCGAGAGAGUGACGGCGUGGGUAGGUUGUACACGUCGUCACAGCUGGUUGCUGACACAGAGGCGGGUGGCGUGGCCUACUACGAAGUCGUCAUCGCUGCUGCUGAUGCUGGUGGCACUCCUCGCUCUACCACUGGCACUGUCACAAUCAACAUUGACGGAAACAAGCCAGUUUACACAGAUCCGUCCAAUGACGUGGACAUGGAGACGUGGGUAUUGAGGGCGUUUCUCAUGGCGACGUCGGCGGCGAUGCUGGCAGGGGUAGCCAUACAUGCCAGGCAAGCUUGUCGACCAAAGGCCCCUAAAAGGAAGCUUCACAAAAAGUUUGAGCGACAUCGUGGUGCCGACAAAGUGUUGUCAUUGGAGGAGGUCGAAUCAUGGAACGCUGCAAUCAUUACACCAGGCAGGAAGAUUAGACCCCCUCUAUAGGAUUCGCUUUCGAAUCAAGAGAAUUGCCGUGACGAUGUCAACAUCCAUAUAACGUUGAAACACAGACUUCCUUGUACGCCAAUUCCAUUGAAGAUGUAUUUCUAUCUGCUUCUCCGAUAUAUAUCAGUCUAUCAGUUCAUGAUUACCUCAAUCACACAAUAUAUCAAAUUUACGUAAAUCAAUAAUUGCGACCAAGCUGGUCAUGGGCCUUUGAGUACACCAUAGCUCACCCUCGCCUAGCGUCCAAACAUCAAUGCCAGACACAUCGAUAUAAAUGGUGCCAUUCAUUUUUAUAUAUAAUAAUUUUCAUCUACGUGUUAUUUAAGUGCUGAUCAUAAAUGAGUAUUCAUUUAAUAACGACGUACAUAUCCUGGUUUCCUGGUCCAUGUGAUCACACAUUAAAAGUGAUAACAGAUAGUCAUCAGAUACCUCUAACAUUGCAGCUUGCUUGGCUAUAUAAAGAAGCUGGUAUGCAUGUACAUUUUUAGGAUUUCAUUGGAAACCGACGUCACUGGUGUGUACCUGUGAUAAUUUAUUUGUUAUG